GCCUCCCAGGAGUUGCUUCUUGACUGUUCCUCCUCCCCCCGCCCCCGUCCGUAGCUGUUUGGGCUCAGGCGCUUGUCGGAGCAAACUCGCAGACCGUAACAUCUUGCGUAUCGCAGCAUGCGUGGCCUCGUCCGCUGCGCCCUGCUCGUUGCAGCGCAUGCCGCCCUGGGCUUCCAGAUCCUGGAGGCCAAGACUGGGCACCAGCAGCAUCAGAGCCUCAGGGCGAGCGCCGGCGGGCUCAGCGCCGCGUCCAGCGCCAACGAGCACGACGUCGCCCUGGAAGAGGUCAGCGCGCAGCAGUCCUCGGGCCGCGGCGUCGAGCGGAUGGACGCGGAGGGCCUGAUUGCACAGCUCAGCGGCGAGACCAGGGAGCGGCUGAGGAGGCUGACGGGCGCCGGCGACGACGCGGCCCUGGCCGCGGAGAUGCUCCCCACGUCGGCCGAGGGCCAGCUGGUGCUGGUGGCGCCCCCCCACCUGCGCAGGCCGCAGCGCGCCGCCAGCCUUCUCGGCCUCGGCGUCGCCCGCGCCGAGGCCGACGGCCAGUCCGCCGCCAGGGAGUCUGGCUCCGGCGCGGGCGUCUCGGAUUUCGCGCCCUCCGCCGAGUUCCAGGCCGCCGAGGCCUCUGGCGAAAAGGGCCGGGCCGACAGCGCUGCCGAGACCGUGGCAGAGGUCGCUGCCGGGUUGCCUUGGGGCGUCGGCUCGCCGCGCACUGGCGACUCGUUGCCCGUCUACCACUACUCCUCAAUGCCGUUCAUCGACGGCCCUAAGGAGUGGGAGUACAGCCUGGAGAGCGGGGACAACAUCCAGAGCUUCAGCAGCGCCCAGCAGGACGUGAAACUGCUGACGCAGGUCUUCGAGAACGUCACCAAUGGCUUCUACGUGGACUCCAACGCUGGGGACGGCGAGAUCAACAGCAACACGCUCCUGCUUGAGCUUGCUGGCUGGCGCGGCCUCAUCAUGGAGCCCCGCCCCUACUUCUACAUGAACCUCUGGAGCAAGUGGCGCAAGGCCUGGCUCUUCCUGGGCUGCAUUUCCCCGCACGAGAACUCUACAAAGCUCGGCUUCGACACCGACGGCAACAUCGACAUGCUGAGUGGGCACAUGAUCCACGCCCACCCGAUGAAAGCCUUCAUGGCCGAGAUGGGCGGGCGCAAGACGAUCGACUUCUGGAAUCUUCACAGCGGCAACUACGAGGCCGAGAUCCUGAACGAGACCUUGCUGGGCUCUGGCAGCUUCCUCGAGUUUGGCGUCGUCCUCGUCCGCUUCGACGGCCGUCGUGCGGGGCGUGGAACAGAGCCGUACGUGCAAAUGAGGUCGAGGGACGCGACAGAGGAGCUCAUCUUCGAGAUCUGUCACAACGCCAGCCUGACGCACAUCGGCGGCCUCGACCCGUACUGGAUCAACCACGUGGAGCCGCGCUACGGGUUCAGGGACGAGGUCUGGGUGAACCCGAGGUACUUCGAGACGCGGGGCAUCCCGACGCCCGCGGCGAUCAGGUCGGCGCCGCCCCCUCCGCUGGCCGACUACUCCCCGCACCCGGCCGCGGGAACGGGAGAUUUCCCGUGGGACUACGGCUACAGCAGGGUCGAGGAGAUCGGCAAGGUCAAGCUGUACUUCAACAAGAGCAAGUCGGAGGCUGCCCUGAUGGAGCCGAUCCCGAAGGCCCACCGCGUGGGCGCGACGAAGCUGGUCUACUAG